CGACGCCGACCGAAACGCGAAAACAACGACAGACGCACUAUGGCAAAGUCAAAAAAGACUGAGGUGCCUCUGACGGAUUCAAACAAGAAGCCAAAAUCCGAGCAAAAGCCUUCGAAGUCCCCGCUGAGCAGCGAAUACAUAAGCGAUAGCGACGAUUCCCUAACAGAUACAAAACCCUCGAAGGAGCAGGAAGGUGAAUCGAAGAAGAAAGCCACGGCCACUAUAGGUGUCCACAAGCCGCAGGCAAAUGGCAUAACCAAGAAAACCGCUGUGCCAUUACCUACACCAAAAGCGCCAGCCAAAGAGAAUACAAGCGAAGAGUCGGACUCAGAUACCUCGAGCUCGGAGGGGACUAGCGCGCAGGCGGCGAAGAGCAAGGAGGGCAAAAACAGUGCGGAGAAUGGAACAAAUGGAACUUCCAACACCGGCGCGUCAGACAGUUCAGAAGAAUCGACUAGUGAAUCGGACGAUGAAGCUCCCCCUCCAGCGGCACGGGCCAGUCCGGAAGUGGCGCCUCAGAGAACACAGUCGCAUACUGUCGAGUUCCGUCCUGCGCUACCUUUCGAGCCCCCCAAGGCUUUUAAGGCCAUUCCAACGCCCUUAGUACCGACGUCCGAUGCCGUCAAAGCGUUCGAGAACCUGGAAGGAAAACAGAUAUGGCACAUAACGGCUCCAGCGGGUGUGUCAUUAUCUGAGUUGAAGGAAAUCACGAUGGAUAAGGCAUUGGCAGGCGCUCCCAUACUCACCGAUAAGGAGACUGAUUAUGGAUUCGUCGCUGGAGAAAAGGAUGAAUUAGGCGAACGUGAGGUUUUGAUACCUCGCCAGAAUGGAUAUAAAGCUGUAUCCGCCCGCAUAACCAAGACCCUCCACAUACAACAAGUCCUUAAGAUACCCAAGCUUGCCGCCCAGCAGUCACAAAACAACACUGGCUCGGAAGCAGCAGAAUCGAUUACAAGAAGCACGAUACGGGCCCCACGACCACAAGUGAAAGGUUUGCGAAUGCGAUACUUCCAUUCUGGAUUCGGGGACCCGGACCCUGGCACCCUUGGAUUUUCGGACAGUGAGGACGAUGCGACUGCCGCUCCUUCGCUCAAUAAGCCGGAGAAGAGAAAACACGAGCAUGCAGGUGAUUCGCCAGUGAAAAAGCAUAAGAAGCACAGAACACCGGAAGAGAUAAAGAGACGAGAGGAGAAAAAGGCAAAACGAAUGAAGGAGACAGGAAAACCGGAGUCAUGAGGAACCUUCUCGGGACAUGGAGAUUGAGAAGCAGAUUGAGGAGUUGACAUCCUACAGGGUGCCACUAUAAGGCAUACGAACUAAACAGGCGAUGCAGCAGUCAAGAAGCCGGAGUGUUUAUAAGUUUGCACAUAUACUGGAUGUGAGUGCAGUACCGCAAGCGUACGGAGUGGAAAGAGUUGGAAGACGCUCUUCCCUCCCGAAAGCAUGUCAGGAUAGUCACCAAGACACAUUUCCCGCCUCAAAUAGUGCGUGCCCAUGCCUAUAC